AAGGAGGCAGCGGCCAGCGAGGAGGGGCGGCAGCGCACGCUCACCACCCUCCUGGAGAAGGUGGAGGGCUGCCGCGACCUCCUGCCCGAGAGCCCCGGCAAGUACCUGGUCUACAACGGCGACCUGGUGGAGUACGAUGCCGACCACAUGGCGCAGAUCCAGCGGGUCCAUGCCUUCCUCAUGAACGACUGCCUGCUCGUGGCCACCGCCCUGCCCAACCGCCGCGGCGCCUACCGCUACGAUGCCCUCUACCCCCUCGACGGGCUGGCUGUGGUCAACGUCAAGGACAACCCGCCCAUGAAGGACAUGUUCAAGCUGCUCAUGUUCCCCGAGAGCCGCAUCUUCCAGGCUGAGAACGCCAAGAUCAAGAAGGAGUGGCUCGAGGUUCUGGAGGAGACCAAGCGCAACCGGGCCCUCAGCGAGAAGCGACGCCUGGAGCAGGAGGCGCUGCCCCGGUCUGCCCCGACGCCCCCUGAAUCCACCAACCCCUUUGAGGAGGAUGAAGAGGAGGAGGAGGAGGAGGAAGAGCCCUCUGCUGAGGAGGAGGUGGUCGACCUCUCACUCGAGUGGAUCCAGGAGCUGCCUGAGGACCUGGACGUCUGCAUUGCUCAGCGGGACUUUGAGGGGGCGGUGGACCUCUUGGAUAAACUCAACGAGUACUUGGGGGACAAACCUGUGAGCGAGCCCGUGAAGGAGCUGCGGGCCAAGGUGGAUGAGCGGGUCCGGCAGCUUACAGAUGUGCUGGUGUUUGAGCUGUCUCCAGACCGCUCACUACGGGGAGGGCCGCGGGCCACCCGCCGAGCCGUGUCCCAGCUCAUUCGCUUGGGCCAGUCCACCAAGGCGUGUGAGCUCUUCCUGAAGAACCGAGCAGCUGCGGUGCAGACGGCCAUCCGACAGCUGCGCAUCGAGGGCGCCACGCUGCUCUACAUCCACAAGCUCUGCCAUGUCUUCUUCACCAGCCUUCUAGAGACGGCGAGAGAGUUUGAGACGGACUUCGCUGGCAACAAUGGCUGCUACUCGGCCUUCGUUGUCUGGGCCCGCUCUUCCAUGAGGAUGUUUGUAGAUGCCUUCAGCAAGCAAGUAUUUGAUAGUAAAGAGAGCUUGUCAACAGCGGCAGAGUGCGUCAAGGUAGCUAAAGAGCACUGCAAGCAGCUUAGCGAGAUUGGGCUGGAUCUCACCUUCAUCAUUCAUGCCCUUCUGGUAAAGGAUAUCAAAGGUGCUUUACAGAGCUACAAGGAUAUCAUCAUCGAGGCCACCAAGCACCGCAACUCUGAGGAGAUGUGGAGAAGGAUGAACCUAAUGACUCCAGAGGCGCUGGGGAAACUCAGGGAGGAGAUGAGGAGCUGCGGGGUAGGCAAUUUUGACCAAUAUACAGGUGAUGACUGCUGGGUCAACCUUAGCUAUACAGUAGUAGCUUUCACUAAGCAGACUAUGGCCUUCCUGGAGGAAGCGUUAAAGCUUUACUUCCCAGAGCUGCAUAUGGUUCUUUUGGAGAGUCUCGUGGAAAUCAUCCAGCAUGCUGUCCAGCAUGUUGAUUACAGUUUACGGUGUGAACAGGACCCUGAGAAGAAAGCGUUCAUUAGGCAGAAUGCAUCCUUCCUGUAUGAAACUGUCCUUCCUGUUGUGGAAAAAAGAUUUGAGGAAGGAGUUGGAAAGCCAGCCAAGCAGUUACAGGAUCUGAGAAAUGCUUCAAGAUUGAUGCGUGUAAAUCCAGAAAGUACCACCUCUGUUGUGUAAAGUGAUGUAACUUCUUAGGAACAGAGUGUGAAAGUGCUUACUGAAAAUGUUUUACAUUGAAUAAAUGAACUAAAUGGGUUUUUUUGAGUGCAGACAUCCAAUUACUGUGUUCCAGAAGCUGAAGACUUACAGUCAAAGCCUGCAAGGAUGCAACACUCUUCUCAGUGGAUGGGGGGAAGGGGAGCAAGAAGUAAGGUCGAGGUCACAUGUCCUUGAACAGUAUAUGCUGUAAGAAUGGCUUUUGUAGUGUUUGUGACUUGGGAAAUCUAUAAUAUACAGGUUUUGGCCAAAUGUUUGUGGAAGUCUUAAAUAUAUGUAUACCAUAUGUGAGGAAAAGAUCACUUCUCAUCAUGUCACUGUAGGAAUUCUUUUUUAAGGCACUGUUCUGGUAGGAGGGGAAGUGCUGAAAUGCUCCCAGGGUGUGGUACUUGGUGAGGCAUGUUGACCAUCCAGAUGUGACUCAGCACUGAAGAUAAACAACAUGGAUUUCAUAGUCUGAUUUGUUUGGUAGCAAUGCAGACUCUUCAGUUUCUCCCACAUUCGAAUUCUAUUCAUUCAUUUCAGAGGCAGAUCUAAAUUUUAAAAUGGUUUUUUGUACAGGUUUUUCUGUUUGGUUGGGGGGGCUGCUUCUGUGUAAUGAACUGUCAUGUUGGCUUAAAUUACAGCUUUCUGAAAACAAACCUUCUGCUGUCAGAAACAUUUGUUCCCUUCAGAGAGGAAGUCAGAGUAAAUUUCUUGCCUUCCCCUUUGUGUUCCCCUUCCUUGGGGAAAUAUUUUUUCAUUGGGCUCAAGUCCAUUUGGUGAAGUAUGCACUCUUGCUUGAGGUGCUGUCAUAAAUUUGUUACGGGCCAGUAGUUAGUGGUAGAAACCAUAGUGAAAAGGCAUAAAUGCUUUUGAGAUGUGCAGGGCAGGGAGAGGGUCUGAAGGUACAGUUUCAUUUGGAAGAAACAAUGCUGGGUGUGAAGGUUUUUGUAAAUGAUGUGGUCUUAAAAAUACACACUCUUGUCUCUUGCAAAUAUUAGUAUUGUUUCCUAUAGUACAGCAAUAACCAAGAACUGUCUUUUUUUUUGCAGAAGACACAAGGACUGGGAAAAUAGAUGGGGGAAGUUUAUGCAAAUACUUGUAUGUUUGCAUUGGAUGGUGAUGGCUAUUGUUCAGUAUUUGUCUGAAAAUAAAAUAAGCCAAGUCUUACAUAAAGGCUAGCUUUAGCAAGCUGUUAGCAUCAUCUUCUAAGCUAUGUAAACUUCUUCUGCUUCAGUGCAGACUUUCUUAGUUGUGAGAAAAUCAUGUUACAGCUAAGUAAUCUUGUAUUAAGACUGUCAAUAAGUAUUCUUAACUAGAAUGAUUGAGUAUCCUAUUCCUCUUACACUUUCAGAUGAAAGAUUUUGCAGUUCAUAUCAUGGUAAUGAAUGUCUUAUGACUGCCUGAACAAACAAAAGAUUGCUAGUAAAACUUUCUGCAUAACUGCUUAUACUGGAGCUUCUUAAUUUCUCCCUGUUGUCACAGUGCUAGUUGCUCUCUUGCUCUUUGGAUGCCUUUUGAACUGCCAGAUUUUGCAGAGCAUCCUACUGUCUGCUCACUUGCUUUCCAGUGUUUGGGCCUUUUGCUAGAAAAUCGCAGAAAGAAACGUACAAAAUGGUUUUAAAGGGUAACUCGGUGCUCUUAGCUGAAACUGAUUGAAAACCACUGAAAUUGCUAUAGUUUUAUUUUAAGGUAAAGGGACACUGAGUGUUAAAACUUGUGUGAACAUGUUAUCUCCAAGAGAGAGCCACACAGGUGUUAUUUCACUAGUGAACUAUCUUUGAUACCAGAACCUAGUGACCUAUAUUGAAGUAAAUAUAUUCUGUCAUUGUUUAACGUGGGCAAAGGUAGCAACCUGGCCUUACUUAAUUUGAGAAAUGUUUGCAAGUGGAUAAAUGAGAGCUCUCCAUGAUGACAGGUAUUUUGGAGGAGAGGGAGAAGGGAGGGCUUUUUUUUCUUUGAAGACAGGUAUGUUUUAUUGUUUUCUUUACAGCAGAAUAAAGCAGAAUAAAUACAGAUGAGCCUUAUGUAAUUUAUUUUUUCUGUGCAAGAGAAGGGUAAACUGUGGAACUUCAGCUCACGACUGAUUAUUGUGAUGCUUGAGGAUUUUGUGUAAGAAGAUGAAUUGUAGUUUUCCAACUCCCAGCUCUGGCAUAAGAUUGAGUUGGGGGAGAGCCCUAUUCGUGUUUCUAUUGCAAGCUGGCGUGGCACACUAUCCUUAUCAGAGGGUGAAAUGUAGAAUGUAAUUUUGCCAUGUUCUCUGUUAACUUGUCACUGCUCCCUUCACCGAUCUUUUUACAGCAUGCACGGCCUACUGAUUUUGUCUUUGCUGUCGUCCAUGGAGCAGUGGGCUUACAUGGAUGUUGGUUUUAAUGGAUCAGGGAAUCUGGCCUUUCAUUUGGGUGAUCAAAUACCAUGUUCAUGUGCCUGUCAAAAUUCAAAGUGAAGAUUUGUAUAAACUGCUGUAAGCAUUGAUAUUUUGUAACUUGUGAAUCUGUUCGAGUCAUAAUAAAAGAAAAUCAAUAACUUAAGGAAAAUGGUGUGCAAUUAAAUUAAACAUGCUUUGUAUUUUAACUCAACUAACAGAAAAAGUCAACGUAUGCCGAGAGUCAUGGUUUAAUAAAUUUCACAUUUGCAGAUGGUAAUUUGGAAUGGCACUUUUCUUAUCCUGAGCUGUACACUUAUGGGAUAGUGUUGUUCAAGUUGGGAUUUGCAGUAACUGCUGAGUAAUACAAUAGCAGUUUUGUUGUUUUGGGGAGGAACUAGUCAUAUUUGUUUUGUUUUGAGACAGUUGCAUGUGAAAACUGGUUUCCUUUAUCUGUUAUGACAAAAUUGUGAUGUGUAAAAUUAAGAUUUUUUUUUUUAAUUUGGAUAAAUUUAUGUAUUAGAAUUUAAUGCAAUAUCUUUUCUGAACAGUGAGGACCGUGCAUUAAAGCUUUUGGACAUAUAAUGCUAGUGGUGU